AUGUUAUCGCGUGGUCGCCCGUGUCUGAAAAGACGUGUAUUGUCCACCGUCUUAGACACCGUUGCGGUUGGCCCCGACGAACCUCUCCUGUUCCUCUACCCCCGUUGGUUCACUGCAGCAGUCCGCCAACGGAGGUCAAUCUCGUCAACUAAAUGCACUUCUAAAUGCACAGCGAGACUAUGCAACGCGGGCGGGUUCGUUCCGGGGACGCGCCGGAGGUUGUCACUCGGGGAUUCUACGAAACGGUGGGCAUCUAGUAACAGUGCAGCCAAAUCUAAUGUGAUUGAGGAGGCUGGAAGCUCACAGCAGAACGAUGGACCUGGCGCUACACUAGAGAGUGGACAAGAUGGGGAGAAAGGGGUUGAAUUAAAACACGACGGCGUGAAUCCACCGAAAAACACUACAAGUCCUAAGCCGUCAUUGCCCGAUUCCCCGGAGAGGAGCAAGUUGCUUGAAGAGAGACGAAAACGCCUGUUCAACAUAUUUGCAGAUAUCGACUCGAAACCUUCCCGUCCACCACCGCCGCCUCCUCCGAAAUCCAGUGCCCUGAGAGGAAGAGAACUGAAAACACAUGCGAGGCCAUUGGCAGCCCCUCCCAAAAUUCACUCUCAUGAGAGAGCGCGUGCUACUAUGAAAUCAUUAUCUGUUAGGGAUAGGCGGAAGUUACGGUGCCGGUUGUUUUUCACUAAGCGGAUGAACCCCGAAGCGAAAUGGAGAUGGACCCUUUGGACUAAGCUGGAGGAAUUGUUCGAGCGAAUGGAGCAGAAUACUACCGUGUGGAAGAAGAGAGGCACAAAACACAAGGAGAUGCUAUUGCCGGAGGAGACUGUUGCUCUCCUUGCAGGUGCUACGGACAUGGCGAUGAAGGAAAAUGUCUGGUACGUGCCUGUGCACAAUGGGUGUAAGGUCCAUGUGCUACAUCCACGGGAGAGCGAAGGUCAAUACAGGAAGGUUGUAUUGUCUGGUUCCGAACGAGUGGUGGAGCUUGUCGGGGAUCGUAUUGCGCAUGCAAAGAGCCUUCAAGAAAUGGGUGACCCUUUGGUCGAUAUCAGAAAGCCACCGAUCCCCGUGUUUCCAUCAUUGGAGACCAUGGCGCGGAAAAAUAUUCCGAUCCCCAUUAUUCGGGGUGUAUGGGACUUUUAUAAAUCCGCUAAGGAUCCUGCGAAUUUGGGAACGCUGCUCCCCCUUUCCCAAAAUUUGUUGAGUGUCAGGGAAUUUGCGGAGCAUGUUGAUGAAGUCGCGCGGUCAUUGCCUUCUCAUAAAGCCUCUCCAGAGUAUUCUCAUCAAAAGCAAGUGGCCAAAUCUCUCCUUUCGUUGUUCCAGAACGAGCGGUACCAUGGCUAUUUGUCCACUGCUGCAUUGAAUACAGCACUAUCUUUCCUCCUUGACCAUGAGUUUGUGAGGUACGCGCGCAUGAUCUUCCUGAGAGCAGAGCAUGUCGUGACAGUAGACUCCUUCAAUAUCUUGUUGAAGUUCGCGGCUCAAAAGCAGGAUAUGCGUCUUUUCCGCCAGUUUCUGCUGACAAUGCCGAGGUUGAAUAUCCGGCCGAAUCCAUAUACCUGGCUUACAUUCCUUGACUGCCUUGUCUCACCUAAAGCGAAGGCGAAUCUCGUCUCGCGUAUGAUGCAAAAAGGCUACCUCAACGAGUCUAGUGCUAUGCGAACGGCGCUGCAGGUGACGAUACAAAACACCUUCCGUGCACACCUCGAGAGCGGGAAAAGUGUUGACUCCUUUUUUAAUAUGCUUAUUGAGACACAGGGUACCAAUUGGUUCCCUCCAUCACUGAUCAAUCAAAUGUUGAACGUUGCUGCCAGACGCAAGGAUUUUUCGGCCAUGGAGCGGUUACUUCAAAUAUGCAAACAGCAAGGCUUUGCUGUUAAGGGUUCUACUGUCAACCAAAUUGUCUUGCUGUUUCGCAAGGAUAUAUUCUCCCUCCUCCGGUUCUUGUUUCGAUUCAUCGACCGUCCCGAGCGUGUACUCACAAAAGAUUCUUGGGAGAAACUGUUCUUGAUGGCCUUCAAAGGGCGACACUACAACAUCUGCCGUGUGCUGUGGAGAUACGCGUGCAUGUACAGAGGCGUGACAUACAACAUGCGACAGUCUGUGCUUACAUCGUUGCUCCGCAAUACAUCAUUUCGAAAGACUGGAGGUCAAUACAACCAACUUUGGCUCACCAGUGCAGGCAAAGUCAUCGUGGGGAUUGAUCUUCAUCUUCCGAAUUAUCCUUUAAAUGAGUCAUUUGCAGAUCUUGUACCAUCUGAGUUCAGUCGGAACCCAGUUGCUUCUCUUGCAACUGGAUUCAAGCCUACUGGUGGAGAGCGUGAGAAGCAGCAACUUCUGGCCUCAAAACUGACAUUACGUGAUACGGAAGUCGGUCCAAUGUACCGGCCUUCGAGGUCAUUGAAUAUCAUGUUGGAGGCCGCAGCCGUGCUGGAUCAGGAAUGGAAAACGGUCCCUCGACCAACACAGUGGCUGAUGCAAAACGCUAUCAAAGUCUCGGUGAAAAGAAAGUCGGAUUAUCUGCAGUGA